AUGAUGAUGCAGCAGCAGCAGCAGCCACAACAAGGCUAUCACCAUCCACAGACGCUCGAAGAAGUUCGAACCCUUUGGAUUGGCGAUUUGCAGUAUUGGGUCGACGAAAGUUACCUCUCUUCCUACUUCUCUCAAACCGGCGAGCUAAUUUCUGUCAAGGUGAUACGUAACAAGAUCACAGGCGUACCAGAAGGUUACGGUUUCAUAGAGUUUAUAUCUCACGCAGCGGCGGAGAGGACUCUUCAGACGUACAAUGGGACACAGAUGCCUGGAACGGAGCUAACUUUCCGGUUAAACUGGGCUUCUUUUGGUUCAGGCCAGAAAGUAGAUGCUGGACCUGAUCAUUCAAUCUUUGUUGGAGAUUUAGCACCUGACGUUACAGACUAUCUCCUUCAGGAGACGUUCCGUGUUCACUAUUCUUCUGUUAGAGGUGCCAAGGUUGUCACUGAUCCGAGCACAGGACGGUCGAAAGGUUAUGGAUUUGUGAAGUUUGCAGAGGAGAGUGAGAGGAACAGGGCAAUGGCUGAAAUGAAUGGUUUGUAUUGCUCGACGAGGCCUAUGAGGAUAAGCGCAGCGACGCCUAAGAAGAGCGUUGGUUUGCAGCAACCUUAUGCCGCCAAAGCUGCUUAUCCAGUUCAAGUCCCAUCUGCAAUUGCUGCACCAGUCUAUGCUGCUCAACCGGCACAGGUGCUUCCACCUGAAAGUGACGUCACCUGUACAACGGUUUCAAUUGCCAGUUUAGACCCAAAUGUUACUGAGGAAGAGCUGAAGAAAGCGUUCUCACAUUUAGGAGAGAUUAUUUAUUGCAAAAUACCUGCAACAAAGGGAUACGGUUAUGUUCAAUUCAAAACCCGGCCUUCUGCCGAAGAAGCCGUUCAAAAAAUGCAGGGACAUAUGAUUGGUCAACAACCAGUUCGCAUCUCUUGGAGUAAAAAUCCAGGACAGGAUGGUUACGUUACACAAGCAGAUCCAAAUCAGUGGAGUGGGUACUAUGGUUAUGGACAAGGCUAUGAUGCAUAUGGUUAUGGGACAACUCAAGACCCAUCCUUGUACGCUUAUGGUGGAUAUGGCUAUCCCCAGUAUCCGCAACAGGGAGAUGGUACACAGGAAAUUACAAACUCUGCAGGGGCAGAGCAAGAGUUAUAUGAUCCUCAGGCCACUCCUGAUGUUGAAAAGUUAAAUGGCGCUUACCUUUCGGUUCACGCAAACGCCGUAUUAGGACGGCCAUCGUGGCAGCGUUACUCACCUCUCACAUCAUCACCAGUGGGCAAAUGA